AUGGCCGGUCGAACAAAGGAUCGCGAGCUUUUAGCGUUAGCUCGCACUAAAAAGACGCCUGCACUGCAGGGUAUUGACACCUGUGCAUUUCAACUGGUGGAAUGGCGUUCAUUUGGAAACAAUGACGUCGACAAUUUUCUGAGUAAAAAUCAUUCAUUGCCUUGGAAGGAAAACCUGAGUAACAGUAUUAAACAUGAAAACUUUGUUCAAUUCGGCUCGAAAAUUUCACGGCGUGUACAGACGGAAUUAUAUGCGGAAUUACAGAAAGAUCCAUUUCAGCAAUGGAAUUACCGCUCGAGGUGGAGAGAAAUGGGCGACUUGAAACUUAACGGUGAAUUGAUGUCGAAAGCCAUUCAACCUGGAAAUCCUGUCCGUUUGAAGAACGUGCUCAUCAAAGCGGUGAAGGGUCAGCAAAUCAAUGUUGCAGUCAUCGGAGGCUCAAAUAGUGCGGGAGGAAAAUUGGGAACAGAUGAAAAAAGUUUAGACGGAUUGUUUUUCAAAGUUUUCGCAGAUUGGUGGAACAAAACGAUUGGUAAGGUCACAAAGUCGUUCAUGAAAAGUUACGAGGUUACUAUUGGAGGAACUGGGAGUUACUUCUUCGCCUUUUGCUACAAGACCUUUAUCCCAGAAAAUCAAACAAUCGACCUCGCAUUCAUUGAUGCUUCUAUUAAUUUCAACAUGAGAGGAAAAGCUGAAGCUUUUGAACAAUUGACUCGUCAAGUGCUCCUAUAUCCUUCGGUACCCGCGAUUCUAUACGUAAACCUCGUCAGCGGCCUCGGUGUAGACCCAAAAACCAAAAAAGUUGUAAACCCAAGAUGCAUUAACUUAGAAAAUUUUGGCCAAACCGAAGUGGCGCGACACUACGGUAUAACCUCUUUUAGUUUGAAGGAAGUACUGUGCCGCAAGGAAGACGAUGAAUGGACAGCGGUCGUCACUAAUAUGGCCGGCUCCGAUGGCCGUCAUAUUGGUAUCAAGGCGCAUGCACUUAUUUCUAUGUUAAUGAUUGACUAUAUUCGCGGGGUUUUUGAUCAGGUUUUGAAUGACCUAAGCAAUGGAAACAUUACCUAUCGUUUUGCGCCCUUACCAGAAUUGUUAUCACUAAAACGAGACACUGAAGUUCUGAAACAACCGCUUUGCUGGACCAGGAUGACACCAAAUAUUUUCAAAGAUCUUCAUCGCCCCAAUAUCCAAAUUCAAAUCACACAGAACGAUGGAUUUGCACCAUACGGUAGUUUCCGUGAUGAAAGAAGCUCAGACGGAAAUACAAAUACAGACAUGCGAACAGAUGCACAGGGGGGGUGGGGAACGUGGCGGCGUUACAGUAGUAUAAAGUUUCGUUUUUAUGUUCCCUCUGUUAGCUCCUCUUACAACACCAGGUCUGUAAUAAUUUUGACACGAACGUCUGGCAAUGGCGGAAAGGCCGAGGUAAGGCUGGAUGAGGAGAAGAACAAAACGAUUUAUAUUAACACAAAGUCGAUCUAUGGACAAACUCGGUUGGAUACUGUUGCUACAAGGGUAAAGCCAGGAUACCACACUAUCACAUUCAGAACAGUUUGCAAGGGAAAUUUCCUGGUGAGUGGAGUUGUAGUCGGACCGCCAGACUUUGAAAGACGAAAAGUUAUAUAAACAGCCUUUGACCAUGUAUAACAUCUAUCUGCUUCGUUCGGUUACGGUCUGGUAAACAGUCAUUAUUUAUGCAAAGUGACGUAAGUUACUGAAACCUCAUCUACAAGGCUCGUUUGCAUGACAUGUUUCUCCAAGUUUUGCUACCUUUCUGCUUUUUUUGCAUAUGGUACCUUUAAAGUAAUGCUCCAUGGUAAAAUUGGCCCUUCUGACGUGAAUACAUCAAUCAUACCUAUGUUGAUUAAGAACUACGUAAAUGCUAAAAAGUUUGAUGGCCGGAAAUCCGAGAUGUUAAAUGUAGCAUCACAUUCAAUUCUUGUCUAGUUUGAAGGGUCAGUUACUUAAGUAAUUUGACCAGGACGAAGAUAAAAGAUUUAACGAAAGAAUUAGUUGAGCGAACAUAACAGAGAACAUAAAAAUUGGUAUGUUACGUUCUUAUCACCUGUUAAUGAUUAGUCUGAUUCCAGGAGUAAACGAGGUCUGGGAGUAACCGGAUGAUGCAUGUUUUACACGAAGUGGGGUCAAAGAUCCUCUCUUGAUAAGAUAGAGGGUUUAGGGAAAACAACACUGAGAAAACUGCCCACAUACAAUUCACAAAGUAAUGAUAAAUUGCUGGUCACGAGUGCUUUAUGUAUCAUCACAUCUAAAGGUAUCAAGAUAGCCUAUGCACGAAUGGGAGCUCUCACCAGAUCCUCUCUGAAAUGAUUUGAGUAUCGCCUAACGCUCUCCUGCCUAUCUCCUGUCAUUAGGUUCUACUGAUAAGGAAUUUAAAUGAUAAAAAUAUGCAAAUUUAUUUAUAGUUAUAAUGGUCUAGUGACGUUUUUAUCUUUUUUAUAUUUCAAUAUCUAACGGCUUUCGGUCAAAAGAAUUGAUGGUCCUUCA